AUCAUGCCAGCUCACCAGACCUCUACUAACUGUUCUGAUCCCUCCGCGCUCGCUGCGUGGUCGACCAAAAUCAAGGAGCCUACGAUUUUAGCGUCUGAGGAAUUGUCGAUGUAUGCUGGGUUGAGCGCAGAAGGAGGAUGGUCUAUCGGCAGACAUUCGCGAUGUCCCCCAGGUUUCAUUCCCCUUCGUGCUAAACUACGUUUCAAGCCUUCGUCGUUGACGUCGGCGGAGCUCACCAUGCAGAAUCUCUUCCUCGAAACCGACAGCUGCCGUAAUCCUUCGUGUCUUUGUCUCUCCUCUCGUGAUCCACCGUAUUUUCCUUUUGAACUCGCUCUUUGGGUGUAUACUCGCUCUCCAGUCGUCCUUCGUGUUGUGGUCCAAACGGUGCUAUGCAGACUUUUUGCUUAUGCUCUAGUAGGAGUCGAACUCGCUUGGACCUGUAUCCAGUGUGCUAUCAGAGCCGGGAGUGAAGCAGCCGGAAUGAGUGCAUGCUCGCUCAUUGUGAAAUGCGACUGGACAGCUGACAGACCCAUGGUGCGAAAGGCGAAAAGGGUCCCAACAAAUGUCUCUGCGUACUUCGUUGCGCAUAGUGAUCCUGCGCUUACACGUCUUCGCGCGAGUGAAGGUACUAAAGCGGAUGCCUACUCAGUGUCAUCUAUCCGAGCACAGUCCUUGUUGUAUCUCUCUCCUCAGUGA